GCUCCGACUGGGAAAAAAUUGUUUUGAACGGACAACCAACUUUUCCUCCUUUGACUUGAGCAACAAUACAUCCUAUUGGUCCAUAUGCAGUUGUGUUGAGGCUUGGCAUCACCCAUACAGCUGUAAGAAAUAGGCCUACUGAAUAACUAUGCUAAAUCAUAAAGCAGUGGAAUGCUAUGGCACUCCCACAUGCCUAGCCUAAACCGGUUCAUUGUGAGUUGAACUGCCAAGGUACAGAUAGGUGUUUCCUCCUACUCCCUUCGAAUCACCCUCAGCGGGUUGGGAACAACCGGAUGCAUCUGGUUUUCAAGGGAAAUCGACGCGACUAAAGCUUCUGGACGUUAACAAGGCGACACUCCACAGCAUUUCACUUGCAUUUGUGAAUAAUAAUAGUAAAGUAGUAUCACAUUUAUAGUAAAAUAAAUGCUGCAGUAGCAGUUUAAGUAUUUCCGCCAUUUUGUUUCAUAGCUGGUGUGAGGGAGACCAUCAUGGCAGGCGACAUGAUGUUGGUGAUGCGUGGCUUGACCAAGCUGAGCCAGGCCAUCAUGGAGACUCAGGCCAACACUCUGCGUAAUGGAGGAGCCCAGGCCAUGGCCCAGAGCAUGGGAGUAGCCAUGCAGAAGAUGCAGGAGUUUGGUGGGCAGCAGCAGCAGAGUGCGUCUGAUGACUUCCCAGCAGAUAUGGACAGCAAGUAUGACUUCUCUGGAGCAGAAGGAAGCAACAUGGACAGUGGGGAACACGUGGGGUCAGGGUUCCGGGAUGAGGGGGGCUUCUCAUCGGAGGGGACAGAGAGCGCAGACGGAGCGACCAGCGGGACAUACAAUGGCCAGGUCUCAGUAAAAUCCAAGCUCUUUGAGGGCUACAAGGACCCCAGCAGCCAGUUCUCAGGACAGAUCCGUUCCUACCGAUCCUAUAGCUCCUACCGCUCCUAUCACCAGGACAGCUCGGGGGUUGGGGGCCUCACGGCCGAGGACAUGGAGAAGGCUAGGGAGGCCAAGAGGAACGAGAAACCACACAAACAAAUGCUCAGUGAAAGGGCACGAGAGAGAAAGGUACCCGUGACACGGUUAGGGAGACUGGCCAAUUUUGGAGGUCUUGCUGUAGGGCUGGGCUUUGGAGCGCUGGCUGAGGUAGCAAAGAAGAGUAUGAGGCCAAGUGAGGAAAACGCUGACAAGAAGGCCGUUCUGGACUCCAGUCCGUUCCUAUCAGAGGCUAACGCAGAGCGGAUCGUCAGGACGCUGUGCAAGGUCCGCGGAGCUGCACUCAAACUGGGCCAGAUGCUCAGCAUUCAAGAUGAUGCCUUCAUCAACCCCCAGCUGGCCAAGAUCUUUGAGCGUGUGAGACAGAGUGCAGACUUCAUGCCCAUCAAACAGAUGACGAAGUCCAUCAACAACGACCUGGGCCCUAACUGGAGGGACAAGCUGGAGUCGUUUGAGGAACGUCCGUUUGCUGCAGCCUCCAUCGGACAGGUCCAUCUGGCUAAGAUGAAGAAUGGCAAGGAGGUGGCCAUGAAGAUCCAGUACCCCGGAGUGGCUAAGAGCAUCGACAGUGACGUCAACAACCUGAUGACCCUCCUCACCAUGAGCAACGCGCUGCCUGAAGGUCUCUUCCCUGAGCAUUUGAUUGAGGUGAUGAGCAGAGAGCUGGCGCUGGAAUGUGAUUACAUAAGAGAGGCCAAAUGUGCCAAGAAAUUCAAAGAGCUGCUGAAAGACCAUCCGUUCUUCUACGUACCAGACGUAAUAGAUGAGCUGAGCAGCAACGCCGUCCUCACCACAGAGCUGGUACCAGGCUUCCCUCUGGACCAGGCUGAACAACUCUCCCAGGAACUCAAGAACGAGAUCUGUGAGAAUAUCCUGAAGCUGUGUUUGAGGGAGCUGUUUGAGUUCAGAUACAUGCAGACGGACCCCAACUGGUCCAACUUCUUCUACGACCCGCAGACACACAGGGUUGCGUUGUUGGAUUUCGGCGCAACGAGAGGAUUUAGUGAAGACUUCACUGACAUCUACAUUGAGCUCAUCAAGUCUGCAGCAGAGGGAGACAGAGAGGGGGUUCUGAAGAGAUCAAGAGACAUGAAGUUCCUCACAGGUUAUGAGUCAAAGUCCAUGGAGAACGCCCAUGUGGAUGCGGUGAUGAUCCUGGGUGAGGCCUUCGCCUCCACGGAGCCCUUUAACUCCGGGGCCCAGAGCACCACGGAGCGCAUCCACAACCUGAUCCCCGUGAUGCUGAAGCAGCGCCUCACCCCGCCCCCUGAGGAGACCUACUCCCUCCACCGCAAGAUGGGCGGCUCCUUCCUCAUCUGCUCCCGCCUUGACGCCAAGCUCAGCUGCAAGAACAUGUUCCAGGAAGCUUAUAACAACUACUGGAGGGACCGCCCCAACCGACCAAGCCAGUGAUGGACACUGCAGAGGGCCAAUCGCAGGGCUACGGCACCAGGGUUAGAGAGGGUGUGGACGUUGAACCAGCCUAGCCAGACUUGCUCUGCUGUAAAUUGAAUGUAAAUGAAUGGCACUUUUCCUCGUCCCUCCCCCGAACCUGUCUUUUUUUGUUGUGUUAUUCGGAGUAUAUUAACCAUGGCUGUCCAGUUAACAUAUUCACAAGACGUAUGAGAUGGUUGUAUAGGUUGAGUUAACUGGAAUGAAUGCUAUGACGAGUGUCUCGAGCAAGAAUUGUAAAGCGAUUGUGAAAUCAAGACAUUUGGUUAUGAUGCUAUCUAAUGGGCAUAAAACACAAGGUAAUGUAUUGCAGAACAGUGACCUACUUACUGUUGAUCACCUACAUUUUCCAGAAUGUGGAAGUAGUGCUAGUGUCAUGAGGACAAAGCAAAUGUGAUGCGUGAAUGGGAGUUUAAGUCACACUUAUGCAUAGUGCACACAUUACCAGGGUACAGACCAAUUCCUGUUGAGGGAGAAGAUUUUGAGGACAAUCUCCUAUUUAGCCUGUCCCUAUAAGAAACGCAUGACAUUUUGGGCCACCUGAAAUAUCAUAGUAGAUUUAUCAAUGAGAUGGCACUGUCAAGACAUCAGUUGUUUCUGGUGGUUGAUGGAUGGAUCAUUCGAGAUGGGUUUACUUCCAGUGCCUGAAGAAAUAAUAACGUGUUCUCAUUGACUAAUCUACUUUACUCUGGACCUGUAGCACAAAAAUUGAGUGUUUUAGCACCCGUGUUGUUCCUGUGGGCCUGUGACAUGUUGAGUAGGUUUUCCUUUAUCAUCAGGGGGAUGACAACAGCAGGGUUUGCAUCAGUUUAGAAAACACUAACUUCUGUUUUGUCAUUUACUUUGUGGUGGAAAGACAGUUGAGGCAAAAUGAAAGUGAUCCUAAAUCACUUAGUGUGAAUAAAUGCAAAUGUGCCUAUAAUUUUUCUAGGAUGUAUAGAAAAACAACGCUAUGUCUCUUUAUAUUGAUAUCAGAAGUUUGAAAAACAUGGUUUUUACAUUUUCUAAUCAAUGGCAUUCUUAAUACAAGGGUUGUGAUUAAAUAUGAAAAUAUGAAA